AUGCAUCUGCGAACUCGGACUCCGCGCAUUGCGCCCAAAGGAACACAUCUGACUCCUCCCACUCCCCCCCGCCCGGUCUGCGCCAAGGAGCACAUCUCGACUCCGCCGCCCAUCGCCCACAGAGAACCAACGAUUCUACCACGCCUCCUCCGGCCACCCCCUGCAAGAGAGCAAGCAUCUCGCCACCUCGCCAACCCAAAUCGCGCCAAGGAAGCCACACAGAGGUCUUCGGGGACUCCUCCCAUCGCCACGCCGCCCAAAGGAGCACAUCUCCUCGACUCCGCCUACCCAGACUCUCGCCCAAGGAGGCGCACAUCUCGACUCCGCCCAUCGCCGCAAGACGCCACAUCUCGACCUCCCGGGCCCUACGCCAAAGGAACCACAUCUGACUCCUCCCAACCGCCAAGGAGGCACAUCUCGACCCUCCGCCAUCGCCCAAGGAGCACAUUUUUUCGCGACUCCGCCAUCGCCAAGGAACACAUCUCGACCUCCUCCACCGCCAAGGAGCACAUCUCGACUCCGCCCAUACGCCAGGAACACAUCUCGACUCCCUCCACCCUGCCAAGGAGGCACAUCCUCGACCUCCUCCCACGACCAGGAGCACAUCUCGACUCGGCCCAAUUCGCCAAGGAGCACUCUCGACUCCGCCCAUUCGCCAAGGACAGCAUCUCGGACUCCUCCCACCGCCAAGAGCACAUCUCGACUCGCGCCCAUCGCCAAGAGCACAUCUCGACUCCAGCCGCAUCGCCAAGGAGCCACAUCUCGACUCCGCCCAUCGCCAAGGAGCACAUCUCGACUCCUCCCAUCGCCAAGGAGCACAUCUCGACUCCGCCAGGCCGAGCGGAACACAUCUCGACUUCUCCCGAACCGCCGAGGAGAAGAGGCGACCACCCGGGAACACAGCUCGAUCUCCAGAGCGCCAAGGGCACAUCUCGACUCUUCCCACCGCCCAAGGAGCACAUUUUCUCGACCCCCUCCGCCAUUCGGCCGAGAAGGAGACGUCUCGACUUCCGCCUCGCCAAACAAUCUCGAUCCUCCCAGCAGAUGGGAGCACAUCUCGACUCCGCCCAUCGCCAAGGAGCACAUUCGGACUCGCGCAAUCGCACGGCCCAGGAACAGCAGCGUGUCGACUGCUCCGCUGAAAUAAGCCUCCUCCGCUCAGGGAGGACAGCCUGA